UGUCCGGCAAAAAAACAACCCCCUAUCGUCUCUGUGGUGCCAGACGGUAACGCUGUGGUGGAUGUGGAAAAUGCCAUGGGGGGACGGCCAAUUCCAAUCGGCUGUUCCCCUCACGGCACUCGUAGCCACCAGUGGCCAGUGGGGCUCUGGACAGGUGCGAGGGGCUGGUAACCCCUCCACCUUUAAUUUACUUACCACAAAACCACAAAAAAUAUCGAAAUAAGUUUGUGCCGGAGGCCGCAUGGGGACAUGCGUCUAUAACAUCUCCUGGUCAAACCCCAUUUGGUGGAGCCAGGAGACUGAACCCGUGCCCUCGGGUUUCCUCCAGAAAUGUCAAAAAGGCUCUCCCCGAGACCUAUUCUACUCGUGCCACCACUCGGGUCCACCGAUUCAUCUUUUCUCGUGCCUGCAGACACCGCGCUACCCACAAGGAGGUCUGUGCUUCCUCCACUAUGGGCAGUACAAAGCACAUUUCGUGAACCAGGACCAGCAUCCUCUCCAUCACUUACGAACCCAGCGCCGCUUCAUCCAGCUGAGGUCACCAGCGGCGCUUGGCUGAGUGGACGCUCUUCUCUCUGCGGCUGCCCCAGUUCCGCAGCCUCUCUCGCGUCCCCGAGGUUGAUCUCCGGGUCCUCUCCACCUGGGACGUUCUGGAUGAAAACUUCUUCAUGGUCGGAAGUCGUCGACAGAGUCGACGAUGGCCAAGGCGCUGAUCCGUCGUCACAAAACUACGCUGAUGAGAUGGAUCAGCAGAGACCCGACCCAUCUGCUGGACGAGCUGGACAGCAGAGGCCACAUCCAGCGCGAGCUCUACAAGGCAGCCAAUGACAUCGCCGACCGCAUGAAGCAGGCACGGUCGCUGCUCGACCACUUUAUUGACUGCAGCGAGGAGGGGUGCGAGAAGCUCCUGCGGACGCUCAGAGUCGUGUGCGAUCACUACCCCUCGGAGCUACGCACGUGGUUGGACGAGAACGCCAACAGCAUGGCCACGGAGAAGUUCACGGAGCCAGGAUUUUCCAGUAGCUGCUUUUCACAUCAAACCUCGUAUAUGAAAUGUACCGGAUGGUGCAUGCAGGAAGAUACAACUGCUGCAAGGUUUGGACAAGACGUGCCUCCUUAUCCGGCAGUGGACGCGACUACGCAAACUGAUAGAGGACCUAUGGAAAUGUCUGCCGUCGACAGUGAUAUGCUCACAUCCAAAGUUGCGGAGGUGUUUACUGUAUGGAAACAAGAACUGACAAAGACCUGGGAGAAUUCUCUAUUUGCAAAAAUGAAAACAAUUGAAGGCAACAUUAAAGAGACAAAUGAAACAAUGAUCAGGGAAAUUAAGGUGAUUUCAGAGCAGCUGGAGGUCUUAAAGGAAGGUGUGCCUAUAUGUCAAAAUUGUGCAAAUGUUAAUGUAAGUGGCCAACCUUCAGCAGAGUUACUUGUACCACCCAAAGAUAGAAUUGUAUUGAGCAACCAACUGACCCCACAGCCAGAGUCGCAGAUUUUGAAGACAACACCAACUUCGGACGUGUUCACCGCCUUCAGCGAAAAUGGACCAGACCAAACCGCGAUGGACACCUCUGACGAUUCAGCGCCAGUCGAGGAAGAAUCGGCAUUUCAUUACUCCCCCGUGCCAAAGAGCAAGUUGUCAACGUGCCAUUUGGAAAAUGUGGAAACGUAUGCAGCUUUGUUCAGUGGAGCGCCAGGUGCAGGAAAGGUCUCGCCCAUUACUGAAGCGACCGCAGCAGAGGCUGCUGCUGGAGAUGUGUUAGGAACGUUAGAAAAUCGACAGAAAACAAGGGAGCGCAAGCAAAAGAGCCCCACUAAAAAGAAGGGCACCGUACAUUAUCACAUGCGUGACCACAAACAUGGCUCUACGGAAUCUGCCUUAUGCAAGAAAAUGAAACCCAUGCAUAUCCGAAAACGGCAGAGCUCAGCGAAGAAAGUAAAAUCCACGGGUGGAGAUGCUGUGAUCAGUGAGUAUCCUUCCGUAGUCAACAGGAAGACAAGAAUAAUAAGAAGCAUGUGCCAUGAAAGACUUUGACAGCAUUACCACUGAGAACCCGAGUGUCAAACAAGAUUGCAAGAAAAUGUUCCUAAAACCAAGGGCACGUGUCAUGUACGUUUGUUGAACUUCUUUUGCACCAUAUGUGGCUAACCGUGAUAAUUGGAGGUGCAGUGUCAGGUCCAUUCCAUAAGCUGAGCACCGUGAUAAUCUUCGUAAUCAUCUUCUUCUCCAUCCCGUCCCUCCUCUAUAGCCCUUUCAUGAUUUCUCAGCACCCUCUGUUAGGUUACUCAUUUCUCACUGUCACUCAUUCCUCAGCGAUUAAAAACGAAGGACUCAAGGGUGCUGUGGUGGCUAGGAGAUGUUAACUCCCUCGCCUGGUGUACAGGAGGUCGUGGCUUCAAUACCAACCUCGACGCCUGCUGUGUAUUUGGAGUCUGCGUCUCUCUCCCCUCGUGAUCAUGUGGAUUUUUCUCCGAGUCCAUCAGUUUUCCCCUCCACGUUUACAAUUAACGUCACCCGUGUAGAGUUUUUGGCUGUUAUAAAUAUACACAUGAUAAGACACUAAAUUGGGCUAUAAUUUGUGGUCAAGUCAUUUUUGAAAAAGAGCUACAUAGCUCAGUGGGCCUUAUCUGGUAGAAUAAAAAAAAAACUUUUUAUAUAUAUAGUUUAGUUUCAAUCCUUGCACUGCCCCUGCCAACUACGUAAUUUCAUUGUCAUUAUGCAAGCUACAUCAAGAGCCCUGAGUGAAGGUAUGUUGAGUAAUAGCACUGGCUGCGGCCGAAAAGUGGUACUGACAGCAUAUGGCAGUACCCACGUCAGCAGGCAACAGUAUAUACGGGGAGAAAGACAACUAAGGGCAAGCUCAGGAAGGGGUAUAUCUAGAAGCCCCGGGAACCUGCUAGUAGGUUCCAAAAGGGGGGUGUGGCCAGAGCGGAGCAAAGCCACACCGGGAGCAUAAGAGGGAACCCUGAGCGGGAGCUCGGGGCUGUUGCUGAAAGUGGAUCCCCUCGCUGUGCUACUGUUCGUCACCAUCGUCGCCGCCGUCUUCACCAUCACAGGGCGCCGAUAGCUAGACAGCCUGCCAACUGUACUAGCUAGAUAGUGCCGCCGACAGUAGACGGCUGUGUGUAAUAUAUAAAAAGUGUGCACCCACGUAGGGUGCGUGUAGUCCCCUUUGUGUGCUAGAAUAAAGAAGGUACCUCAAAUUAUUCCUGUCUCCGAACUGCGUCAUUACAUAUAUUAGAUUCGGUAGAAACUCGGUGUUCCACCGACAUUCCAACUUCAGCCAAAUUUGUGCUUUGUAUCAGGGUAAUAAUUAUAAUCGGAGUUAAAGGGGGCAUGGGCACUGAAAAUAAAACCAAGAUUUUUAGAUGCCUCAUCUAAAUGUGUAAUAUAG